CAACAAUCUUGCUACCUGGUCCAACUUCCAGAAGACCCGCAGAUACAAACCUCCAAGCCUCCACGUCCAGUAUAUAUCAUCCGACGUCAUGAAUGAUAGGCUCCAAUAAUAAUAACGGCUGUAUUAUACCUCUCUCUGAUCCCGACAGAUCUCAACUCCCGAAAGACGACUUCCUCUUCUCUUCUUGCCCACCACCCACCACGGGCCGGCCCCCACAACAUUCCAUCCAAUUUACUACUACUACUACUACUACUAUAGUAGAUCGGAGAAUGCUAUCUUUUUGGGCAAAUGCUGAUAGGAGAGAGGAAGGCUAUGCAUUGAUCAUGUUCAGAACUCAGACUUCGGGGGGUGGUUUGAUUGCGAUACCCCAUGAUUUUAAAUGGGUUAUGGGUUGGUUCCGGGUAUACUCCCCCCUCCUUGGAUGGGGGAUGAUAAUGAUGAUGAUCCUCCGCGGAGAAACGUCUUCAAGUCUGAAGAAAUGAACAUCUACCUUUAAUAAUUCAUAUCAAGCACGGUCUUCAACCCCCCUUUAC